AUGGCGCUACAUGCAUAUUUAAAGGAGGGUGUAGAUUCGGCUGUCAUUGAGUGUGGCAUUGGCGGCGAGUUCGACAGCACCAACAUUCUGGCGAAACCCACUGUCACAGCCGUCACGAGUCUAGGGAUAGAUCAUACAGCGAUGCUUGGUUCUACGCUUCCGGAGAUAGCCUGGCACAAGGCAGGAAUCUUCAAAAAAGGCAGUGUCGCAUUCACAGCGCGUCAAAAGGACGAAGCUAUGACAGUGUUAGAAGAACGGGCGGCGGAGAAGGGCACGAAGCUACACACCAUCGACGUGCAUCCGGCACUAGCGAACAACGACAUCAAACUUGGGUUAGGUGCUGCCUUCCAGAAAAUCAAUGCGUCUGUAGCGAUCGCUGCCGCAGCUGCGCAUCUGCGAGCACUCGGCCACACGUCAGUACCAGACCCGACUGUCGUUCCCCAUAUUGAGCUCCCUUCCGAGUUCAUUCGCGGACUAGAGCAAGUGCGAUGGGCCGGCAGAUGUGAAAUAAGACGUGAGACCAAUGUCGCCUGGCAUAUCGACGGAGGGCAUACUAUGGAAAGCAUCGAGGUUACUGGAAAGUGGUUCGCGGAGCAGAUAACAAUGGCCACUUCCACCGCUACCACCCAGUCCAAAGUCCCCCGAAUCUUGAUCUUCAACCAACAGACUCGAGACGCGAAUGCACUCGCCAAAGCCCUGUACACAGCGCUGCAGAGUGGCAUCACCUCUGGAUCGCAGUCUCCUUUCACACACGUCAUCUUCACCACCAACCAAACCUUCAGCGAAGGAUACAAGCCUGAUCUUGUUUCCAUAAACACCAACCAGCAGGACGUAGACACAUUGGCAGUUCAGAAGGCGCUGGCGAACACGUGGUCUGACAUUGACAGCACUGCAGAAGUGCAUGUGCUACGUACAAUCGAAGAGGCAGUCGGAACCGCACGAAAGGUGGCGCAAGAUUACGCUAAGGGAGCUGGGGCUGAUGCGGAAGUCAUGGUGUUGGUAACUGGAAGCUUGCACCUGGUUGGCGGUGCGCUGGAAGUAUUGGAAACAGUCAAGGCGCAGUGA